AAUUUUGUUUUUUGUUUUUUUAUUUUUUAUUUUGUUUUUGGAUAUUUCUUGAACCCUCAAAGUGAACGUGGCACAACAACAUAAAAUUAAGCAACAAACAACAAUAACAACAAAACACAAACGUUACGUUUGAAAUCGCUAGACAACAGACAACCAAUUGAUUUUUUCACGGGCGUGUUUCACCGGGAGGAUUUGCCGGAAUUUACUCUAUAGACUAUAGGUAGAGACGCCCAUAACCUCAAAAAUGAGUAUCGAUACGCUGCGAAACGAAUGGGAUGAACUUAACCGGGAAUAUACCGAGCUAGAGAAUUGCAAUAGACUGUAUAUUGAACUGCUGGAACAGCUGCAUGGCCAUCAACAGAAAUCGUUUAACGAGAUCAAACAUCAGCGCUAUCGUAUGAACCAAAUAACGGCAUCAUUGCGACAAUUCAAAGGUCCUGUGAGUGCUGAGGAAAAAGAAAAGAUCGAGGAUCUGCAACGGAUGACGCUGAAGCGUAAGGCACAAUUACACGAAAUUGAACAAUCGCUGCCUACUAAAUCGGGACGUUAUUUGCAGAUUAUCCUGGGCGAUGUGAAUGUCUCAAUUCUCAACAGAAACGACAAAGUUCGCUACAAAGAUGACUAUGAGAAGUUUAAAUUAAUACUCAACGUAAUUGGACUGAUAAUGGCGUUCUUCAACUUGAUAUUCAACUACAGAGCUUUGGAGCUGGCCUUCAUAUUUCUCUUAGUAUGGUAUUAUUGCACCCUAACCAUACGGGAGUCUAUACUCAAAGUAAAUGGCUCCAGAAUUAAGGGCUGGUGGCGAGCCCAUCAUUUCAUAUCAACGGUGGCCGCUGGUGUUUUGCUUGUCUGGCCCCAAGGUGAACAUUGGCAGCUCUUUCGGACGCAGUUCAUGUACUUCAAUGUCUACAUCAGCAUCGUUCAGUAUCUACAGUUUGGCUAUCAAAAGGGUCUACUAUAUCGCCUGAAGGCUCUCGGUGAGCGACAUAACAUGGAUAUCACCAUCGAAGGUUUCCAUUCAUGGAUGUGGCGUGGUUUGAGCUUUUUGCUACCUUUUCUGUUCAUUGGCUAUGCCUUUCAGGCAUACAAUGCCUGGACAUUGUUCAAGCUGACCUAUACACCAGCCGAUGCUCCAUGGCAUGUGUCGGUUAUGUGCGGUUUGUUCCUUCUAUUGUUCGUGGGCAAUAUUUCAACCACAUUGUGGGUGGUGCCCGAAAAGAUACGCGAAGGUCCCAAGGAGCGUUAUCGUCUACAGAGCAUGGGCAAGUCCAUGAAAAUGCGCUCUGAAUUGAAGAAUAGCGCCAGUGAUUUGGAUAUUUCCGGUGCGUCAGAGACAUCGCCAAAGUCAGCCGAGCAGACGCCGCUGUUGGCUGCAACACAACCGCCCGCCGAUAAGAAGUCAGACUAAAAACUAAAAAAAAACUAUAGCAACAAAAAUACUACUAAUAAAUGAGAAGAGAAAUGAAAAACCAACUGCAACAACAACACAAAUUUCCUGGCAUUUGAAAAAAGAAAAAAAAAACAUACUUUCUUUCGUUAUUAAUUUAGUUCUCUUUCCCCCAUUAUUUAUUGUGUAAUAUCUUUCAGCUAUUCCUCGUCCUCUACCUCUUUCUUAUAAUAGUUUAAGCAAAUUUUGGCACUCUAUAUAUAUAUUUUUUUUUGCUCUCUAAUAAUAUUAAAUUAUCAUUAUUAUUAGUGUUUUUUUUUUUUUUGAGCUGCUAAUGAGUCAUAAAAAUAAAAGUUUACAUCAAAUGUAUAAGAGUAAAAAAAAACAAAACAAAAACAAAAGAUACAAGAACAAUAAUGUACAUUUUAAAUCUACGUAUAGUACACGUAUAGUACAUAUAUACAUAUGUAUAUGUAUAUACAUACAUAGUAUAUAGAAAUCAUGUGUGAAAAAACUUUUCUUCAAUUUGAUUGUAAAUUGAGCGAUAUCCUAGGAAAGAAGAAAUGAAAAUUUGCAUGGAAUUUAAAGUUAAAAAUUUAUACUAUUUUAUUUUAUUAAUUAUUUUAAACAUUUUUUUUUUGUGAAAAGCAAAUUGAUAUUGAGUGAAAAAAUAAUAAUAAUAAAACAAAAAAUAAAAAUAAAAAACAAAUGAAAGAAGUAAAGACCGAAGAUGAAUAAUAAAAGCGAAAAAGGUAAUGAGAAAUUAAA